CACAACUUGAACCCCUCAAAACCCCUUUCUCAGGCUUCACGGGGGACACCGUUGAAGCUGAAGGAUCCAUAGUUCUACCGGUCGAACUAGGAUCAGGUGAAAAGACCGUGUGGAAGAAGAUGUGGUUCAUAGUUGUGGAAAUCAAAUCGUCCACAACGCAAUUCUUGGAAGGCCAGGCAUCAAUAGAGUCGGGGCGGUGAUUUCCAUGCCUCAUCUAUGCAUGAAGUUCCACACUCCAGGUGGUGUGGGUGAGGUGAAGGGCGACCAGAGGAACGCCCGGGAGUGCUAUGCCCAGGUAGUCAAGAAAAUGACCAAGGGGGUCAAUGUCAUCUCCCAAGAGAUCACAAAGGGAGAGACCCGGGAGAAAUUGGAGCCCAAGGCCGAGACGGUGGAAAUCGAAUUUCACCCGGAAGGGUUCAAGAUCUACCAUGCAAUCGUCUUCAACUUCAAACUGACGAACAAUGAGGCAGAAUAUGAAGCUCUGGCUGGAGGGCUCAGACUUGCCCAAGCCCUGAAAAUCAGCCGGGUCAGUAUCAAAUCUGACUCUAGCCUGAUCGUUGGGCAAGUGACCGAAUAUGAAGCUCUGGCUGGAGGGCUCAGACUUGCCCAAGCCCUGAAAAUCAGCCGGGUCAGUAUCAAAUCUGACUCUAGCCUGAUCGUUGGGCAAGUGACCGGUAACAUGGAAGCAAGGGAAGGACGCAUGGCACAAUACAAGGACCUUGUACUUGCCCCGUUGAAGGGCUUCGAAGAGUUCAAAAUCGCCCAAAUUCCCCGGGCGGAAAACGCGGAUGCAGACCUUCUCUCCAGAUUGACGCAGGAGGCUGAACGAGUCAUAGCGGAAGUCCACGAAGGCGUAUGCGCGGCGCAUCAAAUGUCCCGUACGCUUUCCCAACGCAUCAUCUUGUUGGGGUAUUACUGGCCAACAAUUGUCCAGGAUUGUGAAAGGAGGGCUCACGGGGAAACUCCAUUCUCCCUAACCUAUGGGUGUGAAGCAAGGCUGCCCAUCGAAGCUGAAUUCCCAACGUUUCGGGAAUCAAAUUAUCAACCCCAACAAAAUGAAGAAGAUCACUUGGCCGAACUCAACUUGGUCGAAGAGCGGAGGAUGGCCGCGGAAGUUAAAAUGAGUACGUACCAACAAGUUGUGAAGAAGUACCAUGACAACAAGGUUGGGCCGCGGUACUUCCAAGUUGGGGAUGAAGUCCUACGAAGAAGAGAAGCAAGUAGACCCGGCGAUGGAGGAAAGCUGGCAAAAAACUAGGAAGGCCCAUACAGGGUUAGAGCCAUCAUUCGACCAGGAACGUAUCGAUUAGAAACUUUAGAUGGUGUACCGGUAGAAAGAACUUGGAAUUCCCACCAUCUUCGCAAGUUCCACAAAUGAUUGUAAUACUACGCGAGGCCUAAUCACAUUAUCAAUCAAAGUGAUGUUCAAUA